UCUCACUCUCACUCAAGAAAUUUCUUGAUUGGUUGUUUGCUUUAUAUUUAGUGUUGUAGAGAGAGAGAAGAGAGAGAAAGAGAUGUUGGCUACUGCUACAGUAUCAUCAUCAACGACAACAACAACAUCAUCGUAUCCUCAAUUUUGGUGGGCUUCGGAGGAUCCGAUAAUCUUCGGACAUAAUCAGAAUCAAAAUCAAAAUCAAAAUCUUACUACAACCGCCAAUUUGCAAAUGUCUUAUUUUGAGACACUACUUACCAGCUCUCCAACCUCUUCACCCUCCUUCGAUACUAUUAAUAAUAAUAAUAUUCCCAAUAAUAAUAAUAAUAAUAAUAAUGAGCCCCUCUUGAUGUUUGACGACGAUGAGGAUGACGAGGAGAAUGACGACGAGAAGGCGAAGAAACUCAAUCACAACGCUAGCGAGCGUGACCGUCGCCGGAGGAUUAAUUCUUUGUAUUCUUCUCUUAGGUCUCUUCUUCCGCCUCAACAUCAUUCGAAAAAACUGAGCAUUCCAGCAACAGUAUCGAAAGUUCUGAAGUAUAUUCCAGAGCUGCAAAAACAAGUUGAGAAUCUUAUUCGACAGAAGGAAACCCUAAUUUCAAGAAUCUCCGGACAUGAGACAAACCCUACUGCUGCAAGAAAAGUCCCAAUUCAGCCAUCGUCGUCUUCUUCAUCGGCAGUGUCUGCAACUCAGAUAAACCCUAAUGAAAUCAUCGUGCAGACCUCAAUGCCUAAGUCUGAAACAAACCCUUUUUCAGAGACUGUCAAGGGUUUCGAAGACUUAGGGUUUCUUCUCAUCAAUGCUUCUUCUUUCGAAUCUUCUGCCAGCAAUAGGGUUUUCUUCAAUUUGCAUCUUCAGGCGCAAGAGAAUCAAGUGAUCGAUGCCGAAAUGUUGAAAGAGAAAGUCUUAGCUUUUUCUCACAUCAUUCAAGUUUAGAAUUAUUAUUCAGCUCGAUCGACUACGACGAUGAAGAGGCCUCGAUCCUUUUUGAUAAAAAAUCGAGUGUAAUUUUUAAUGACUUGAUCAUAUAAUUCUCCUAGAACAUGUUUACUUUUGAGAUAAACUAUUAAUCAUGUAUUAAUAAUAAUAUGAUUAAUAAUUUAUCUAUAAAGUAAGUAAACAAACCCUUAAGGGCAGUUAAAUUUAAAUUAAAGA